AACUUUUUGACAAGAAGCACACAACAGAACUUUUUGACAAGAAGCUCACAACAGAACUUUUUGACAAGAAGCACGCAACAGAACUUUUUGACAAGAAGCUCACAACAGAACUUUUUGACAAGAAGCAUGCAAUAGAACUUUUUGACAAGAAGCACGCAACAGAACUUUUUGACAAGAAGCUCACAACAGAACUUUUUUACAAGAAGCUCACAACAGAACUUUUUGACAAGAAGCACGCAACAGAACUUUUUGACAAGAAGCCCACAACAGAACUUCACACCGUGUCUAUCAUAUGUCGACCUCUGGGAGGGGGUCAUGUUUUCAACGCCGAGGUGCAUCUUCAUAACGCUUUCGUUUCCAUCUUCUCACGCAGUGCUCAAAAAGACAUUGAAUCGAAAGUCACUAAAUUCAUCUUUAACUUUAGUGGAAUGCUUGCGUUUAUUUGUAAAUUUGCCUCCGUCGGAACCCCCAGCAACGUUACUUCACUUGGGUGUAAAACCAUACUUUACACUGCAAGCCUGGCCAAUUUGAUUUACGGGGGAUCUUUGAGCAUAUUUUUGUUACGAAGAUUGAAGCAAUUUGAAAUGGAUUAUGACCAAUUGAUUGGUCUCGUGUUGGUAGCCGCAAGAACGGCGACUAAUAUCACGCAUAUAGUAUUCCUCGGCCCCGAAGCGCACGUCAUCACUUCUCCAUAUAGCCUCUAUAAAACGAUAAAUGUUUGUGUAUACAAUUACGAUACUACAUUCAGACCGCAAUUAGCCACCACACUUGUUGACUUUGCGAUCGACCUAUACGUCGCGGUCCGAUUGGUCCCGUCCUUCAGAAAGACAGGUCGCGAUAUAAAUCCGGAUGUUAAUAAUUAUAUCUCGACAUCUUUUUCGGGAGUCUUAAGUCUUUCCGGUAUUUUUGGAACCCCUGUGUUUCUUGAAAAACUCAUUUUCACGAGUAAAUUAGAAGCAAUGGAUGCAUUAUAUACCGAAGAAGAUUCCUUAAACAUCCCCCGAAACUCGAAACAAUGGAGAAUCAAAAAUCUGGAGGACAGCAUAAAGGAGCUUGACAAUAUAAUUCAGAAACUUAAUUCCGUGGAAUAUAGACGUGGCCUUAUUACUUACUUUAUGCAAAAUUUGAUACCCAUAAAAAAUGAAAUGAUGAAAAGGAAAUCUGAAAAAGAAACGCUUACGGGGAAAGAUAAAGUGGAAGCUACUGAAGAAGAUACGUGGAAAGAAAAAGACAUCAAAGAAAGUACGUGGAAAGACAAAGAUAUCUUAGAGAAUCCGAACAAUCAAGCGAAUAAUAAAUCUCCAGAAUUCGAUUACAUUCAACAUUUAUCAUUGCCAUACGCACGUCAUGCCAUGAUGACAAAAUUUAAAAGGAUUGUAGAGAUGAACGAAAUGGAAAAAAAAGGAGAGAUCGAUGAAGAAAUUUAUCGAAUAGA